CGUGAUCUCUCACAACAAUUCGGAAUCAACUUGCACAUGUUUUCAGGCCUCUCUGAGGAAGAACUAAUCAUGAAAGUGUUGAAAUGUGACUACGAUGUCUUAGAGAACAUAAGUAUUCUCGAGUUCUUCAACAAGGAUGAUUUGUGUUCCGUUUCAAACAACCUACUGAAAAAUUUCAAGCCAUACACCACUGAUUUCAUGAAUAACAAGAAACCAGAGAGUGAUGUAACCCACCUAGCUAGGGCAGACCGUAUAUACGUCGAACUAUGCAUUAACUUGAGGCAUUACUGGAGAUCGAGAUCAAGAGCAUUGCUAGUUGUGAAGACUUAUGAAAAGGAUUAUCAGGAUUUAUUGACUAAACUACAACGUGUUGACGACUCUGUGCAAGCGAUCAAAAAUUCCAAGGCAUUGAAAAACUUAUUCGUUCUUAUCAGAGAAAUCGGUAACUUCAUGAACCGUAAACAGGUUGAAGGAUUCAGGCUAUCCAGUUUAUCCAAAUUGAACUUUGUGAAAGACCAAAACCAGAAAACAUUCUUGCACUAUGUCGAGAAGGUGAUCAGAAGAGCAUAUCCAGAAUAUCUCACAUUUCUCCAAGAGUUGAUACUGUUGCAAGACACUUCAAAAAUUUCAGUGGAUCAAUUAUCCGCAGAUACAUUGACUUUUGUGCAGAGCAUAAGAAACAUUCAGAAGUCAAUUGAAUCUGGAAAUUUGAGCAACCCCAAGGUAUUUCACCCUGAUGAUCGUGUAUUGACGAAGGUAUCAGUCAAACUUCCAGGUGCUUUACGGAAGUGCCAGCUUCUUGAAGAUCAGCAUAAACUUAUCAUGAAUGACUUUGACAAGUUAAUGAUAUAUUUCGGCGAAGAUUCAUCUGACACGGUUGCCAAAUCUACAUUUUUGCAGAAAUUCCUCGAUUUUAUGCAUGAUUUCAAGAAAGUCCAGAUUGAAAAUAUAGAUAGUGAAGAGAAGGAUAAGAUCUACCAAAAGGGCAAAGAGCUGAUGUUGCAAUCGAAGAAAGCUAGAGAACAACGGUCCAAAUCAGAGGGCGGAGGAAACGAUAGCGAACACGAUGUUGUGGAUAACUUGCUAAAGAGAUUGAAGGGAAUUUCUUCUGACAGAAGACGGGUCAGCACUGGUGCAAUCAACACCACGACCCCAUCCACAGCUAGAAGUACCAGGUCCACAGAGGAUGAUAUCAAACUCCUGUCCAGAGCUCAGACCAUGUUGGAAGAUACAAAGGAAAUUUAAUUAAUUAAUAGUUAUGACGAAUGAAAUGAAAUUGCAUGCUGCAUGUUAUGAUAUC